AUGGUUAGAAAGCAGCAGCAAUAUACCAUGAAUGUUGAGCAAAACGUGGCUGAGCAGUUAUUAAGGAAUCCAUACUGUUCAACUGAAGGAACACACUGUGGUUGUAGGUCACACCAUGUGACAUGUGAGCUGCAUCGGGUUACGAAAAGCCCGUGUUCCCUCUGGAAAAUAUUCCUAAUAUGCCUGUUGGCUUGUCUUGUUGCCACAGCUAUUACAGCUCUGGCCUUUUACUUUGGCCCCUUUGGCAACUCCACCAAUACCACCAUCGUCAUUCACACAGAUGGAAGGUCCUGCCAAGAUCCCUGCACCUCUCCCACGACACCAUCUCCUACCACAACCCCUUCACCUGGACCUGAGACUACUCCAUCUCCCACUAAUACAACCAGCCCGCCCUUGCCUACCACCCCACCCACGUUUACUACAGUGAUGACUAGUACCACCCCAGAACAUGACGUUGACAUUGAAUAUGAAUCAGAAGCAUGA